AUGACUUUUAAUAUUAGAUACCAUUACACCAAACAUAAUGCUCAACUAUGGAGCGCUACAAUGUUCUGCGUAUCAGCUGCACUGGCUUUGAUGAUCCUUUUUCUGAUUCAACAGUAUAACACCAGUUUCAUGAGCUCUUUAGUUUUCAAAAAGAACGACUUGGAACCAAGCGAUGCCAGUUUCUUUGAGAGAUCUCCGUUCAAUCAGAUUGACUACGGGAAUCGAACCCAUGGACUAGCGCCGCUGUUCAAAUUAGAAUCUUCCAUGAAACCAGUUUUCCUGGAAGAAGGUGACUUGGAAGUAUCUUGCAAUCAUGAUGAUUCUGUCACAUUGGCCUGUUCUUACAAGGGUCGGGUGAAGACUCCUCGUUAUUACAUCGAAGAGAUCACCUUUGAAAACUUUCACCAAGAUAGAAUGCCCUUCAGGUUUCAUUGGGAUAGAAAUGCGACUAUCAAUGAUCCGGGAAAUAAGCUUACAUUCAAUAAGCUAGCGCAGUACUUUUUUCUGUUUGAGACAUUGCACUCUGAAGAGGACACUUACUCCAACAUUGAUGAUUUCGUCUACUAUGAUGCAUUCAAUGAGUUAUACCAUAAAGUUGAAGCAUAUUAUUCCGGAGCUGUUUACUGGAGAAUAGUGACUACCAACUUUAUUAGUCUAUUCGACCAGGUCGUCGCCGACAAGAAGAACGGUAAAGAUUAUGAGCUUGUUUAUGAUGAUGGCAAACCAUUGUACGUUUUGGAAGAUGAAGGAGUGCUGGACUACGAUUAUGAAAAAUUAGAACAGGUCAAAGCUGAAGCCUGCAAGUAUAUUGAGUUGAGAUACUUUGAAAAUUUGAACCUAACUGAUGUACCUUUGAAGGACACUGUUCAGUCGUAUUUGACCAGGCAAGAAGGUCUCUUAACAGAAAAACAGCAACUUUACGUAGGACAAAUGCUUAGAGAUUUGGAACUAUGGCAUGGAGUGUCUUGGGAUGAGAUGAGUAGUAAGUAUGCACUAGUUGACAAUGUUGGAAGAAAUUGUUAUAAUAAAAGUGGCUACGACCAAAUUGUUGACUCUCUACGUUCUUCCAUCCCUGAGUCUAGUGUUCGAUUGGAAUGUGUUGUGAAUCGGAUAGAACGUGGUGGAAGGAAAGUGAAAGUUCAUUCCAAUGAAGGUGUCAAGGAGUAUGAUUUCGUCAUUGUUACAGUUCCGCAAAGUAUCCUUCAAUUAGGUCCCAAUGAAGAAGGUAGCAUAUUGUGGGAGCCUAGCCUGCCUGAAUUGCUGACACAAUCGUUGAAAAAGAUUCAUUUCGGGUUUCUAGGAAAGUUUAUCUUUGAGUUCGAUCAACUUUAUUGGGAUAGAAGUAUUCCUGACAGGAUUGUUUCAAUUGCAACUCCUGGUAAAGAGACGAACAUAAACGCAAUUCCUGAAACCUGGGAAUUUCCAGUUUUAUUCUUGAACCUACAUCGAAUGUUUGGGAAGCCUGCACUGUUGGCAUUUACCCAAGGAAGAUUGACAAAGCAUUUAGAGUCCUCUCCGGAACUUUCUUGGGGCUACUUCAAACCUAUCUGGAAAAAGGUCUGCCAAAAAAAUAUCCCUGAUCCAGUCAACAUUGUGAGUUCUAACUGGAGUGUGGAUCCCUUCUCAAGGGGAUCAUAUUCAGCCUGUCUUGCUGGAGAUGACCCCAUGGAUCCAAUAAUUCAACUAAGCAAAGGUCUUGAUAAUGUGAGGUUUGCCGGAGAGCACACUAUUUUUGAUGGAGCUGGAGCAGUUCAUGGGGCCUGGUUGAGCGGUCAAAGAGAAGCCAAUUAUGUUCUAAGAAAGUUGGAUCUGAUACCAAAAUCAGAUCAAGAUGAUGACUGGUAA